CACAUGUACACAGUAUUCCUCCCAGCUUCCUGUUACGCCAACCUACCAUUUUUUAGCAAAUGAGCUUUCGUGAGGUCGCUUCAAGCUGCUAUUCUCCAUCCGGCCCAUUCGCUUACGUGAGGCAGAGACGUUGUGCAGGUGGUGGGAAGCACAAUCAGACUGUCACGGUUUGCUUCAAAUCUGUGGAAUCAGGUAUUGUCUAGGGAUGGAUGUUAGCUUGGAGAGUACUGACUCUGUCCAGUGUUCUCCAGCACCUUCUGGAACUGAACUCACUGUAUCUCGUUCUGGAAUUCACAUACUGGUUGGCGUAACUGGCAGUGUGGCUGCUCUGAAACUGCCGCUUCUUGUAUCUGGCUUUCUGCAAAUACCAGGGGUACAGGUUCAAGUUGUAAGUACAGAGAAGGCCAAACACUUCUACAACGUGCAGGAUAUAGCUGUGCCGCUAUGUAGUGACCAGGAUGAAUGGACGAUGUGGACAAAGCGAUCUGAUCCUGUGUUACACAUUGAACUUCGGCGAUGGGCUGACCUGAUGCUUCUGGCUCCUCUGGAUGCUAACACUUUAGGAAAAAUCUCCAGUGGGAUUUGUGACAAUCUUUUGACUUGUGUGGUACGUGCAUGGGAUUUGCAGAAACCACUUCUCUUUUGUCCAGCAAUGAACACCGCAAUGUGGAAUCAUCCUAUCACAGAGCAGCAAAUAUUGCAUCUUCGCAGCUUUGGCUACACAGAAAUUCCCUGCAUCGCAAAGAAGCUUAUGUGCGGGGAUGAAGGACUUGGAGCUAUGGCAGAAGUGAGCACCAUUCUUGAGAAAGUGAAAGAAGUUCUUAAAGAACGCCAUUUGCUGGUAUAAUGGUCAUGAUGACAGAGUAAGCACUAUACAAGACACUUAGGUUCUACAGAUACAGGGCUCAAGAAAUGCCCCAUCAUUGCCAGAGCUGUGGAGUCGGCAGCAAUUUUGGAUACCUGGAGCCAGUCUGAGUCGCCAAAAAUGGCUCCUAAUAACUUUAAAUACAAGCACUGGUAAAAAUCAAAUCAGAUUUAAGAGCUUCUAUGAAGGAGGAUAUGGCAGAAGUAAUUCUUUUUCUAAGAACAAUACUUUAGUUAAUUUUGGAUUCGAUUUAGCAGCUAUGCUACAGCCAUAUGCCAGGUUCAAUUAAUAUAGGGCUGUCCAACUGGCAGCGACAACCCAAUCCCCUUGUGUGGCCCCUCUCAUGAAAGUCUGCCUGCUGUGUCUGUUUACCAUGUGUACCAUGCAUUGUUUACACCUCAAAUUCAGACUGUAAUCUCCUGUAUUGUUCACACAUGUAAUCCCCCUGCAUUGUUCACUCUUGUAACACCUCUAUUGUUCACACCCUAAAGCCCUGUACUGUUCACACCUCAUACCCAGACUGAAACUUGUUCACACUCAUAAAAACUGCUGAAGGGGCA